AUGUCAAAAACGGCCACCUAUGUAUUUGCUCGGGCUGCAUUCUAUCCUACUUUGUUAUAUAACUAUGUUGUGCAUCUUGUCUCAAAACGGCCAUGGUACCAUCGCAUUGAUGACACCGUCUUGUUUGGUGCUUUACCCCUGCGGCAAAUUGCUAAAGAACUUGUAGAAAAGGAGAAUGUGCAAGCAGUUGUCUCCACAAACCACAAAUUUGAAGUGGAACAUUUUACACCAACUGAAGAAGAAUGGAGACAGCUUGGUGUUGACUAUUUACGAUUUGCUGUUCUUGAUUUCAUGGGUACCCCUUCACCUACCCAGCUAGAUGAGGCUUUGUCCUUCAUUGAAAACCAUAGAAAACAAGGUCACAGUGUCUAUGUCCACUGUAAAGCAGGACGGACCAGAAGUGCCACUCUAGUUGCCUGUUACUUGAUGAAGACUUACGACGUGGAUGAUACUGAUGCUUGGUCACAAAUUGUCUCGAAACGUUCUCAUGCCAGCCUUUUCCAGAUACAGAAAGAUUAUCUGCAUCAGCUAGAAACAGUUUUUUUCUUUUCUUUUCCUCUCUCUCUCUCUCUCUCUCCAGAGUUAAUCAGCUAA